AUGGCCGAGAUGGCCCGGCUCAACGAGCUGACGGCGCAGAUCGCACAGAUGCACCAGCAGAUGGACUACUGGCGGGGCCAGGAGCGCCGCACCGCCGCGAUGCUCGAGGCGGCCAUGGCCGACAUGGCCGGCUACACGCGGCGCGGCCGGCUGCCGGACCCGGUCGUCUCGGCCGCCGUCAACAACCACUCCAUCGCGCUCAACCGGAUCCGCGCCAACAUGGAGAGCCUCCAGCGGCGCAGGACGGCCGCCGAGGGCGAGCACAGGGCGCUGGCGCAGAGGAUUCGGGGGCGGGGGUAA